AUGAGCAAUAAAAGACGGACCCAAACUUCAUCAAGUAUCAGAAGAAAAAAAAGGGAUGUGAAUAACAUUACACAACUCAUAGAAACCGGAAACUCAUGGAAUCAGAACCUAGAAAGAAAAUUCUACCAACCACAUUCUACUAUUACAGAAGACAAUGAAAAGAAAAAACUUACGUGUCUCACAGCCUUCGUCGCACGAAAUGCAGCCGUUAAAAGCUAUUUUACGCUAAUAAUUACGACGAGAAGUAUUUCGAUUUCCACUGCACACAGAAACCAAAGAAUGGAGACAAGUCGUACCUCAUUUGUGGAACGCCGUUUGAAAACCGCGUUGAAUACACUGCUAUCACCAGCCAUACUUAUGGUUGUAGCAGCGACUUUAUUCUACAGAAUUUACACCUCAAAUUCAAGCUCUCCGGCCUCAGUAUCACCAACCAAAGCGUUGAAGAGCAAGAAAAAUAAAUAA